AGGCAACACUGUACAAGUCAAUGUCAGUCAAAACCCGCUGUUCCGAUCGGCGAUGCUUAGCGUAGCGUCCCGUGUUUAUUUUAGAAUUAUAUUCAAGACGAACAAGUACACCAUAAACCUGGUGAAACAUAAUUUGUUUGGUGAUAUAAUAGUGUAUUAAAAUGUUGGUGCUGUUCGAAACCCCGGCGGGGUACGCAAUUUUCAAGUUACUGGAUGAGUCUAAGCUGUCACAGAUUGAUGAUCUGUACCAAGAAUUCAACACACCAGAGGGUGCCUCAUCUGUUGUUAAAUUAAAGAACUUUGUCAAGUUCGAGGACACCACUGAAGCUCUAGCGGCUACGACUGCCGCCAUUGAGGGCAAAAUCUCUAAGCCUUUGAAGAAGGCUCUGAAGAAAUAUGUGAGCAAAGAAAUUCAGGACCAGUUGUUGGUGGGAGACGCCAAACUUGGCAGUGCCAUCAGGGAGAAGUUUGAUCUGCAGUGCGUCUCCAACAGUAAUGUCCAAGAGCUCCUGAGAUGUAUCCGCUCUCAGAUGGACAGCCUUCUGUCGGGCCUUCCUAAAAAAGAGAUGACUGCGAUGGCCCUCGGUCUCGCUCACUCACUGUCCCGAUACAAGCUGAAGUUCUCUCCUGAUAAGAUUGACACUAUGAUAGUUCAAGCUCAGUGCUUAUUAGAUGAUCUAGAUAAAGAAUUAAAUAACUACAUCAUGAGAUGUAGAGAAUGGUAUGGUUGGCAUUUUCCAGAGUUAGGAAAAAUUAUAACCGACAACACACUUUUUGUUAAGAUAGUCAAAUUAAUUGGAACUAGAGACAAUGCAUCAAAGACUGAUUUGUCUGACAUCUUGCCUGAAGAUUUGGAAGAGAAGGUCAAAGAAGCCGCAGAGAUAUCUAUGGGAACAGAAAUAUCUGAUGAUGACAUUAUAAACAUACAGAAUUUAUGUGAUGAAAUUAUUUCCAUUACAGACUAUAGGGCACAUUUAACUGACUACUUGAAGGCUAGAAUGAUGGCUAUGGCUCCAAAUUUGACUGUAUUGAUUGGAGAACACAUCGGUGCAAGACUUAUAGCCCACGCUGGGUCCUUAAUGAACUUAGCCAAGCAUCCGGCUUCCACUGUUCAGAUAUUUGGUGCGGAGAAGGCUUUGUUCCGAGCUCUGAAAACGAAGAAGGAUACCCCAAAAUAUGGUUUGAUCUAUCAUGCUCAGUUGGUAGGUCAGUGCAGCACGAAAAACAAAGGGAAGAUGUCCCGUAUGCUGGCGGCGAAGGCUGCAUUGGCUACUAGAGUGGAUGCAUUUGGGGAAGAAGUGUCAUUUGAAUUGGGAGCAGAACAUAAGGUGAAGCUGGAGAACCGGCUGCGGCUGAUGGAGGAGGGCAACCUGAGGAGGAUUAGUGGUACGGGGAAGGCAAAGGCUAAAUUUGAAAAAUAUCACAGUAAGAGCGAGGUGUUCCAGUACCCGGUGGCGGGCGACAGCACGCUGGGCAAGCAGGCCGUGAAGCGCGAGCACUCGCCGGACGAGGAGGCGCCGGCCAAGAAGAUCAAGCUGGAGGACGGCACCAACAAUGUCACACCCAAAAAGAAAAUGAAGAUAGAAAAUGACGUGAAAGAAGAAUCCGCAGAGGAUAACAACAUCGAGGAGUUGAGUUCAGAAAAGAAGAAGAAGAAAAAGAAGAAGCACGCGGCAGCGGACCAGUCCGCCAACGACACGCUGCCGGAAGCAGAGACACCCAAGAGUGAAAAGAAAAAGAAGAAACGCCAAGCAGAAGCAGCAGAGGAAACGCAACCAGAGGAAACACAACCAGAGGAACCCAGAAGCGAAAAGAAAAAGAAGAAGAAGCGACAGUCGCAAGUCGAAGAAGAAUAACGCUUUUAGGAUUUUAAAAUAAUGACGAUAGUUUUGAUUUUAAUUAUCAUUACAUUUUUCUGUAUCCCAUCGUUAAUUUGUAGAAAAUUAUCUUGGUAAUUAAAGGCAAAAUUAUCGAAAUAAAAUGUUUAAGUGAGAUAAGUUUUAAAUGCGGAAAGGCUCGAGAACCAGGUAUUAAAAAUUACUACUGACAAUUUUUUUAAUUACAUUUUGUAUGACUUGAAAUUAGUUUUAAUGACUUACGUUUCAACGAUGCCAAGAUUAUGCGGAAAAUACAAAAUAGACCUUAUUAGGGUUUAUUUAGAUUAUUUUAGCCGUAACACGUUGUUUGACGUUUCCAUAGUUUCUUGAGCCUCCCGCACCAGGGGCAGGAUAUCUGUGAGACGUAUGCUAGUGUGAGUGAUGCGUACUGUACAUAUGUACACCUAGUUUAAGUGGUAAAUAUAUUGAGAAAUUAUUAUAAGAGUUAUUUUUUCUCA